UUGAUGUUCAUUUGAUACUUUUGAGUGGUUGUCUUGGUUCGCCGGCGGGCGAUGGAGUGUGCUGCGCGGGGCUUGGGGACGCGGUGCGUUGGCCCACCGACGCGGAGGUGUGGCAACUGUGGCUCCGUGGCGUAUUGCUCCGUCUCUCAUCAGAGUUGGCAUUGGAGGUAUCACAAGGAAGAGUGUGAGAGACUUGAAGAGCAAAUGCGUGGUGUUGAUCUGCUCAACGAGUUUCCAUUUACAUUCACAGAAGAAGCUACAGUCCAGAUUAGUGAAAAGCAAGAGAGUAGGUGCUCCUUCCUCACCAAAAGGGACUUACAUCAUACUGGAAUGUGGAUCUAUGAGUGCAAAUGUGGAGCCUCCUCUCCUCGUUUCUCGGCUUAUGAUAGAAAUAAAGGUUGGUAUCUGCCAAGCUCUUCUUGUCCAUGUCUUGGCCCUUUAUCUCCAGUACCAAGCCAGCUGUGUAGUUGGACGGAUUAUUACGAGUGGAGAAAGAUACCUCUUGAUUCUCCUGUUGCUCUCCUUCUCCACUGGCCGCUUACAAUAUAUCAUGCUAUCCAAGCCACUGGGAUAGGAAGCUUGUCUCCUCGGAUUAGUAAUGAACUUCGUAUACACUAUCUUGGUCCUCAGAAAGAGCUUGGCCAACUUGGAGUCUUUGCUGAGCUGCAAGUGCUCUUCCCUGGUCUGCACAUUCGUGUCCAACUGGUUGGACCUGACGUUCCACAACUUAUGGAUGGAGAGAUAAUCUCCCUCUCGGGUUAUGCCCCUUGCAUGGAAGAAGACUGUGAUUGUAAAAGUUCUAAUGAAAUUCCCGGACACAGUAACAAAUCAGCUGGGUGUUCAGCUGUGUCCUUACAGCUUUAUCGAGGGUUGUAUCAUGAACGUUACAGUGACAUAGCGAAGGAUUCACCUCCUCCUCACAUAGUGAUUGCUCCAAACGCAGGCAUCGCAGCAUAUCCAAGCUGGUUACCAACUAUUGAACUAAUAAAAGAGAUAGAAGUCCCAGCUGUGUUUUCUGAUUAUUGUGAAGAAGCUUGUCAUCUAGCGGCUAGUUGCAUUAGAACCAUCACAGGACAACCACUUUCAUUACCUAUUGGUUUAAAUCCAUUCAGACAGCCAAUGACGGUAGAGGAGAGCUCUUUGUUUAUCCCUUGCUACUCAAACUGCUUCAUAUUCGGAAUCUAAACUCUCCUAAAAGCAUGGAUCGUCUCAUCAGUUGUUAUCUACACAAAUGAUUACGAACUUGUUUGGUGGUUGUAGUUAUUUAUGUGAAUAAAGGGACCAGCAGCAUCUGCAUACCAUCAUUUAAUUCUUAGGUGAACUUUUGUCUCCUCCCCCAUCAUGUAAUGUUUCUACUGAAAAGAAAAACAAUCAUUAUGUUUUAUAGUAAGAUAUAUAUGUCAAAUUAGUGAAAGAAGC